UAAAUUACUGUACUACGAAUUACUGUUACCGUCACCUAUGUUGUCUGCCAACACUUUUCUUCUUGGAUGGAUGGAAGAAUAAGGAAAAAAUGUCGACAACGAAACGAUGGAGCUACUCUAUCUUCUUUGCUCCAUCGUCUCCUCUUCUAUCACUUCCCUUACCCUCUCCGUCGUCCUCCUCCUCCGCCGUCUCGUCAACCCACGCGCCGCUGCAGAUUGCAGCAGCUUCGUUUCCCUGUACGAAGGCACAGUCUGGCAUGAGCGUCGUCGUCCCGUCCACCAUUCUUUCCAGUAUAAUGUCCGCUAUGCACUCUUUGAUCUGGACCAGGCCGCCAAAGUGCCUACCGACCAUCUCUCCGGCGAUCAAGCUCGCCGGAUAUCUGAAACGAAUGGACCCGUUUGCCUGUUGACGAUACCUCCAAGUGUGGGAUAUGAACAGAAUCCAUUGAGUUUGUACUAUUGCUAUGACAUUGAGGGCUCCACGCACAAUUUAAAGAAAUGCAUAGCUGAGGUUACCAACACGCCAUGGGGUGAAAGAGUAACAUUUUUAUUCGAUCCCAAAUCUGACACAGUUGCAAAGCCGCUUCAUGUUAGUCCCUUCAUGGAUAUGUUGGGGAGCUGGAGUAUCAAAGCAAAUGCACCUGAAGAUAAUUUAUGGGUGGCCAUUUCUGUACAACAUCCUGAGCUAGGUAACUAUUUCACAGCUACGUUGCGAGUCAAAAGGACGUCUAUCCAGAUAGCCAGGGACCCAGCCUUGUUCUUCUGGUUAAUGCCUCACCGAGUUGCCAUUUGGAUAUAUUGGCACGCUUUCAGGCUAUGGUGGAAAGGAGUUUCCUUUAUCCAACAUCCAAGAUAUCACAGCCCAAAUUAUAGAGAAGAAGCUUUAUUACGUGACAGUCAACUUCAAAACAAAAUGGCUUUUGGACGGAAUGAGGAUGGCCAUCUGCAAGCUGAAGGUAGUAGCUCCUCCAAUGUCGCUGAGAAGAGUCAAAAUCCUCGCUGUUGUGUUUGGAGAGAUGCCAAAUGGCCCUGGUGUUGAAGAUGAAUGUUUAUGGGUAGGCCAACUUGCAGAUUCUCGUUCGAGGGAUAUGAUAUGGCAGCCGAGCAGUUGUUGUACUUGAUGAGAGUUUUCAAUUGGCCCCGGGGCUGGAUAACAUUGGAUUGGCCAGCGAUUGUGCAGAAUGGGUGGCAAAAUACAUGCUACUUGGAGUCUUAAUGUGGAAAACACAUCAUUUGUCUCAUUUAGAAAGAAAGUGUAUCAUUAUCUUGUGUAAUCGUAUUCGUUCUUUUGUUUAGACUAUUUUGAGUUAGUAUUAUGGCAUGUCUGAAAGUUUUAGUGACAACAUUUGAAAUGAAAGUGUCUUUUCUGCUCUAACACGAACAUAAUGAUGAUACUAGUUCUCAUGAUAUAGCCAUGUUACGGUAGCAAAAUAUGAAAUGAUUAGAUAGUGUUGUAGCAAUAUUGUUAG